UGUUGUUUACUACCACUAAACUUCGUUAAACCUUUCAAUAUUGGCUGCAGUAAGAUGGUAUCAACGUGCUCCAAUUUUAAAGCCACAAUGAAAUGAAAGCACGCCGGCUGUUUGCUAGCCUGUCACUGCAUUUUAUUCGAAGAAUAAAGAAGUCACAAACACAUCGAAACAGAAAAACGAACUCGGACACAGACACAUUUUAUUUAGUGACUCUUAAUAGCUCUGUUUUAAGAAGAUACUGACUAUGGACAAUAGCAGCAUUUUAACUAUUUUCAUUUCUAUUUUACAUAAAUUAUCUCUCACUACUAUGACCCGAAGAGAAAGUCUGAAAGUCAUGGUAGCUCAUAAAGCUCUCUGAAAACCCAUUUGACUUUUACAUUGUAAAUAUCUACUUUUCAUACGUUCAAAAUGCAAACGAUAAAAAUGUAUACAGAUAGUAAAAUUCACAAAUUCACAAAAAUUUUAUAUACAGAAUAUGUAUAUGCAGUGAUAUGUCAUUACAUUACAUUCGUCCGAAAAGAAAGCCAGAAAGUUAUUUUCUUACAUUUUUUUUUCUCUAAUAGACAAGUCGUAUGCAUAUUAUGUGAAGAAGAAUAAUAUAUAUAUCGUCAGACAGAAAUAAAAGCAAAAGCGGCACCGUUGAUUUUAGAGUCACUAAUCAGCAUUCUGCAAUCAUGAGCAAUACUUUUAGACAUAUGUAUAUCAAGGCUUAACUUCUCUAUUAUCCAUGUUUAAAGAAUUUGUUAGUUUAGAAAAUAAGAUAUAAGACAAGUAUAACUAGAUUUAUAUUAUCAUAUAAAAUUCAGACAAACUUUUUCUCAAUUGCGUCAGCCUAUUAUAAGUGAUACUUCAGUUUGAAUAAAUAUAAUAAAUGAUAAGACUUAUAAUUGAGGACAUUGCUAUAUUUUUCAGCAAAAGGUCACUUUUAGUUUUUAAGAUAUAAAGUUGUCAGUAUCACAGAUUAAAGAUAGUAAAAUGGAUGGGUUUCAAUUUUAUUUUUACAUAAAUUAUGUCUCACUACCAUAACCCGAAGAGAAAGUCUGAAAGUCAUGGUAGCUCACAAAGCUCUCUGAAAACCCAUUUGACUUUUAAAUUGAUAUUUUGUCUGUGAUAUUUUAACUCAAAAGCCAAGCGGUACCUGUUUUAAAAAUAGCUUGACAUAGCGUACAACUUGGGUACUUCGAACUGCCAGAAAAACUGAAGAAGGAUACCUUCGAAUGUCUUAACGUUUUAAUCUGAGAAGUUGCCAGAAUAAACACUAAUUUCAUAGUGAGUGGAAUAUUCCUUUUGGAUAAAACGCUUAAAUUUGUUCUUUUCUUCAUUUCUUGCUUUAUAUCUCUCUCUAUAGUGUGCAUGGACAGAGAAAAAUAUCAAAGCAAAGAAAACUGACAGAAAAGAGAACGGCGAAAAAGCGACAGCUUUGAUGUCUACUGCUGAAUAUAAUUUAAGAUACCGUGAAAACCUACAGCGGAGCCCACGGGUCCAAAAAGCGAGAGUACCCCACCCCGACGAGAACUUUACGCAGUACAAUGUAACUCGUCGCGAUAAUUCCGAAUAUCUGAGUUACGAAAAUUCCGUUUCUCUACAUAAAAGCAUCAAAUUUUGGUAUGCAGGUUUAAAACUGAAAUUUUUAGUGAUACAAUCAAACGUAUACAAAGCGAAUCGAAACAAUUAUGGCGUUACCAACGAUUUUUACUAUAUCAGGAAUAUUCGAAGAAAACAGUAUUACCACCACCGUUAAAUACAAUUUGUUAUUUAUUUCGUACGCUACGCUUCGUUUAUAGGCUUUGUUGUCCAGAUAAGGAGACAUUUGGAAGCGAAUCAAAUUCUAAUCGUCAUAUCGCCGAGACUGGAUGCUUGAGUUGUUGUAAAACAGUAGCAUUCAUUGCUCCACUCAAUACACGACCGCAAAAUCCAACAGAUAAUAGAAUAAACAGGAUGUACACAGCUAUCUCAAUCGAUAGUGCUCGAAUGAACGACUACGUUGAAACAUAUCAGAUGAGACAUGAAAAAGAAAUAGCCGAAGAGUAUUGGAAAAAGAUUAUUAUGUCAGAUGAGAAAAAACAAAAACGAAGCGAAAAAGGGCAUACAAAGGUAGAAAACGAAGUUAGUAAAAUGAAUCAAAUAAUGGAAAGAGAGAAGAAGCAAAUACAUGUUAGUAAAAAAAUGGAAGCAAUUAUUAAAGGUGUAGUCAAUGACCAAUAUAAAAAGUUGCUGGAGGAUAAAUGCGAUGCACAAUUCAUUCAACGGCGUCCGUCUGUGUCCAAUGAUGAAUUAACUGAGAACAUGAUCACAGCACGAACGAGAGAAAGAGCAACGACAUAA